AUGCAGCUGCCGGCCACCCUGCGCGCCCGCCUGUCCGAGGGCCCCGGGGCGGCCGAGCCGCUGCCGGUAGUGCGGGUCCCUGCGGCUGGGGCCGCGCCCUUUCGCUUCGUGGCUCGCCGGGUCCGCUUUCCGCGGGAGCACGAAUUCUUCGAGGACGGGGACGUGCAGCGGCACCUUUACCUACGGGACGUACUCACACAGGUGGCCGAGGCACCUGAGAGGCCCAGGGUGCCCGAAUUCCCCUGCCAGGUGGCAGGCUGCUGCCAGGUGUUCGACAGCCUGGAGAGUUACGAGCACCAUUACCACGCGCUACACCGGAGCGUCUGCUCCAUCUGCAAGCGGGCCUUCCCCUCGGGCCAGCUGCUAGACCGGCAUCUUCUCGAGUGGCAUGACACCUUCUUUCAGGUCCUGGCUGAGAAGCAGAACAUGUACCAGUGUUUGGUGGAAGGCUGCGAGGAGAAAUUCAGAACCAGCCAGGCUCGGAAGGAGCACAUGGUGAGGCGUCACCUGUACCCUGCGGAUUUCCGGUUUGAUAAGCCCAAGAAGAGCCGAGGAGUUCCUGCCACCAUCUGUUUCGGUCAGGGUGCGUCGCGAGGAUUUAAAAGCACCAAGAAGAGAGGCAAACACCACUGA